UUUUUACAAUCAAUUCUAGUUUGCAAAUAUAAAAAAUAAACAACAAUGGCUCUCGGUUCUGAUGCUAUCUUCCAACAAAUCAUUGAUGGUCUUAAGGGCAAUGAAGCCAAAGCUAAGGCUGUCAACGGUGUUUUCCUCUACAAAAUCACCAAGGAUGGCAAAGUUGUCAAGGAAUGGACUUUGGAUUUGAAGAACGCCAAGGCCUAUGAAGGUCCAGCCCAAGGCAUCAAAGUUGAUACCACCCUCACUGUAUCCGAUGAAGAUAUGGUUGAUAUUGGUUUGGGUAAAUUGAACCCUCAAGCCGCUUUCAUGAAGGGUAAACUAAAAAUUGCCGGCAACAUUAUGUUGACCCAAAAAUUGGCACCCUUGUUGCAAGCUGCCAAGGCUAAGUUGUAAACUCGAGGAACAA